CCUGACGCAACCAGCAAGUGUGUGUCUUCAGUCUUCAUUCCUUGCCACUGAUCGAACCUGAUUAUUCUGCUGUCUGAAUAAAACACGCAUAUUUUCUAGAUUGAAAAACAUAUGAUUGUUUGCUGUGGAUUAAAGACACAUUGCUUGGAAUCAAAUCGGAUAGUUUUUUUCCUCAACGCAAGACUGCGUAAUUAUAAAUUUACUUUUAUCUAAUUCAUUCAAAACGGUUGGCUAUUUAGUAUUUUUUUUAAAGACAAAAUGAAGACAAAAUUUAUCAACGGGGUGUCAUCCUCCCCUUCUAUGGCCUUGGGUUUGUUGGUCACUGAAAACGCACUUGAGGUCCAGCUAGACACUGAGGGUGAAUGCAAGGAUAUCAUCCGACCGGAUGAGCCCGACCUGGAAACGAAGCGCAAGGCGUAUUUAUGGUGCAAAGAAUUUCUCCACUGUGCAUGGAAAACGGUGACAGAAGAGGAUUUUCAAAUCAGCAUAAUAAGGGGUGGCCUCAGCAACAAGCUCUUCCUCUGCGCCCUGCCCGACACCCAAACCAGUGUAGGUGAUGAACCCCGCAACGUCCUCUUGCGUCUGUAUGGAGCUAUUCUACAGAUGUCCUGUAAUAAGGGGGAGCCCAGACAGUCAAACAAAGAAAAUCUCUUUCAAGGUGCUGAGGCCAUGGUGCUGGAGAGUGUGAUGUUUGCCAUUCUGGCAGAGCGGGAGCUUGGGCCCAAACUCUAUGGCAUCUUCCCCCAGGGCAGACUGGAGCAGUUUGUCCCUAGUCGCAAACUGGACACGGAUGAGCUGAGCGUGCCUAGCAUAUCUACUGAAAUAGCUGAGAAGAUGGCCAAGUUCCAUGGUAUGAGGAUGCCUUUCAACAAGGAGCCCAAAUGGCUGUUUGGAACAAUCGACAAGUACCUGAACCAGGUGAUGAGACUCACCUUCACCAGGGAGUCCCACAUGCUCAACUUUGCCCGUCUGAUGAGCUAUAACCUGCCCCAGGAGAUGGAGAGUCUUAAGUCUUUGCUGGACUCCACUCACUCCCCUGUUGUUUUCUGCCACAAUGACUGUCAAGAAGGAAAUGUCCUUCUCCUUAGUGGUCGUGAGGGCACUGACAGACAGAAGCUCAUGCUGAUUGACUUUGAAUACAGCAGCUACAACUACAGGGGAUUUGACAUAGGAAACCACUUUUGUGAAUGGAUGUAUGACUAUACAAAUGACAAGUUCCCAUUUUUCCAUGUCAACUCAAAGAAUUAUCCCACUAAAGCCCAACAGCUGCAUUUCAUUGGAAGCUACCUGUCAGAGACUGACCCGGGAUUUGAGAAUCUGAGCGCUGAAGAACAGAUGAAACUCAAAGAGGAGCUGUUUGUGGAAGCCAACAGGUUUGCUCUGGCUUCGCACUUCUUCUGGGGUCUGUGGUCGAUGAUCCAGGCAAGAAUCUCCACCAUUGAGUUUGGGUACAUGGAGUAUGCCAUGGCCAGGUUUGAUGCAUACUUUGAGCAGAAGCGGAGCUUGGGUGUCUAAGCGAGGGACCACAUACAGUAACAAGGAGGUGGAGGGUACAUGGAUUAACAGCGCUUAACUGAAAAUAAUGCAGACAGGCAAUCAGGGUGUAGGACCAUGCUUUAAUGGGGUGUAUGACCAUGCUUUAAUGGGGACCCUGUGCUUCGGGAAUUAAGUGCUCGCUACAGUUGGUAUCGCAUGGACCAAAGUGAAACCAUUCAUAUCUGGUUUGGUGUUGAAUUAUGCCCCAUGCAUUGCUGCUCAGUGUUUGCACAAUACUACGCUCCUAAUAUUACAUAUGCUCACAGGUUCAAGAUUAUUCUUGGCUUCUCUUUUCUUCAAAGAAUAUCAGGAAGAUUAAGACAGGGAUAAAAAUCUUCAUUCUGAAAGGAGGUGUGAGUUACAUCUCCAGGAAGUCCUUUCCUGUUUGGAAAUGUACUGGCGUAGCUAAAAAGAACAGAAGUCUCAAUGAGCCUUAAAAAUCUUUGCUUAUUGAUUAGCCAGUAAUCUCUUAUCUGUGACCCAACGGCGAUAGUACAUUUUCUGUGACAUAAGAGCAAGGUUCAAAACGUAAGCCAAAUGACUCUGUCUCAAUUUCAAUUGAUUGGUAGUUUUUUUGCAUCCAUGCUAUACAUGUCAAAUUCCUCUAAGAUGACUUGUAUAUGGAAAUAUUUGGAACUGCCAAUUAGAUGGGUGCAUCUCUGUCCAACAGCCUUUCCCACCUGCAGUACUAUAAAUAUAAUCUGCUAAAUGUGACCUGAAACACAGUACACUCUUAGACAAAAGGGUUCCAAAAGGGUUGUCCAGCUGUCCCCAUAGGAGAACCCUUUCUGUUUUUCCAGGUAGAACCCUUUCUGGUUCCAGGUAAAACCCUUUUUGGUUCCUUGUAAAACCCUAUGUAGAAAGGGUUCUAAAUGGAACCCAAAAGGGUUCUACCUUCAACCAAAAAGGGUUCUUCAAAGGAUUCUCCUAUGCGGACAGCCGAAGAACCCUUUAAGGUUCUAGAUAGCACCUUUUGUUUUGGUAACCUCACAACCCUACUCUGUACUUACCAUUUCUGGAGAUUGUGUAGAGUAAGAGUAUCAGCUCUGAAUAGGUCAUUGAAAUGGUAAUGAUAUUCAAACAGAUAUAUUAAUAAUGAAUACAUCACAGAUAGUACAUUGGAUAAGUAAGGAAAUAGCGAACAGGAAAGCUCUCGCUUUAACUCAAACAGACAAACUAUAGAGAUGCUUACUGUGUUAUUCAGCUGAAGUAAACAGUUGCAGAUUUAGUUGUGAGAAGAACUGUAAACAAGUUGUAAAAAAAAUCCUCAUGUAAAGGUUUUUAAUGUGUAUAAUGAUAUCUUUAGAAUGUGUUUGGGGACUGGAAAUGUUUACUUUACAUUUCUUAUUUUAGUGAAAAAUACAUAACUGAACUGUGAUAAUUAUUGCUGUUUUAAUAUGAAUUUGAAUUCUGUAUUUCAUCAUUCUAUUUGUUUUAUGUAAACAUGUUUAUUUAAUCUGGUUACAAUAAUAUUGAGACAAAUAUGAGCCUUCACUUUGAAAUGUCAUUGUUGCGUAGGCUACAAUGUCAGUGGCACUUCAAUCUCAUUCACCAGACACUUCUUCCCAAUGCUCAUACGCUAUUAGCCUAGGGGCGAGAUUAGUGGCACUUUCCUGACCAGUUGCAUUUUUUAAGAUAACGUUUUAAAUUUUUUUCCUGAAAUGGAAUAUGUAUUUUUCUUAAUAAGAAAGUUGUCUCUUUCCUUGUUGAAAUACGUCUCACUCCUGUUUUCUCAACACCUGCUAUAUCAUUAUUGUGUGAUUAACUACAUUCCAUUUUCAGGUAUACAUUGUGUAUAUUUGUAUAUACAUUACACCUCUCUUUAUAUUAUUUGUUUGAGACAAUAAAAUAAGAAUUGAUCCAACUGUUUUCAAAUUCAAUUGUAAUUGACAGGUACAUACAGUUUUCUGAGUAUAUCCUUGGUGUAUUUCAUGUCUUGCCAUCCAAUACAGAGAUCAAAUAAAAUGUAAUUGAUUAUCAAAACGUGAGUGAAGAAGGAACUCUACAUUUCACUGAAUAUUGUUGAUUAUGUUUAUUGUAAUCUUAUGGAUAAUUGAACUGAAUGUCCAAUUUGUACAUGCUGUGAAAGGAUCCCAACUACUUUAUUUUGUGAGUGCAAACGUUUAGCCUUGCUUACCUAUACAGAUAGCUAUGCAGAUAUACACUAAAGUAAGAAAAUAUGUACCGUAUAAAUUCUUCCCUUGUAAAUAGCAAGGGUAAAGUAAUUUGAAAAUGUACCACUAAGGCAAGUUCAGUACAUAUAUUUACUGUACCUUCUACUGCUUUGCACAAAUACUACAAUAAAGACAAAGAAAUAAAACAUG